GGCCUUGCAUUUUAUAAAAUUCAAAAUAGAAUAUUCUAGAAACCGAAGUGUGCAUGCAGUGCGCUAAAUUUUACUAUUUAAUUCUUUCUCCAAAUCAAUUAUUGCCUUAAAAAUAAAUUGAAUUAUAAAAUAAAAACCAAUAAUGUCUCUUGAAGAGUUGAAAUUAGAUGUCGAAGAAAUAACAAAUUUUUUGGCACAAUCGACCAGACAGCGUGUUAAAAAUGUUCUUAUGGUAGAAAAACACAGAAUAGAAACUGAAAUUGUAAACAUCGAAAUUAAAGCCAAAGCCGCCGCUGCAGAAAAGUCCCCAAAACAAAGCAAUGCCAACGCCGGCAAAGAAGCUUCAAUUUCCACACAUGGAGAACCCUCAUCAAAAAAAUAUCUUGUCGAAUUAAAUGAAUAUGCUUGGGAUCAAAGUGACAAGUUUGUUAAAAUGUUCGUCACAUUGGAAGGUGUCCAAAAUCUAAGUGAGAACGAUGUGAAUGUUACCUUCACCGACAAAUCAAUGGUUUUGCAUGUUCAAAAUCUAAACAACAAAGACUAUAGUCUCACAAUCAAUAACCUACUGCAUCCAAUUGAUGUGGUAAAGAGUUAUCGCAAAAUAAAAACUGGCAUGGUUGCCAUUUAUAUGAAGAAAACAGAAGAAGCUAAAACAUGGUCUCAUUUGACUUUAAUUGAAAAACGUCUGAAAGACAAACAAGAUGCCGAUAUGAAAAAUGACAUGAAAGGCGAUGAUGCUAUUGUCAACUUAAUGAAGAGAAUGUUCCAGAGUGGUGAUGCCCAGACAAAACAAAUGAUCGCCAAAGCAUGGACCGAGAGCCAAGAAAAAAUGAUGAAAAACGAUCAUACUGUAGAUCGGUUCGGAGACUGAAUAUACUCAGGACAAGAUAGUUUUUUUUUAAACUUAUUUUGUAUACAUCCAUUGUAGCAUCAAAUAAAAGAAUUCCAUAUUAUACAUGCAUAAUCCAAUAA